AUGGCCAAACUCUUUUCGAAGCUGCCCAACACGCACUCUGGGCAGGAGAAAGAAAAUCCUCGGCACAGGCAGCAGCAGCAAGAAGCUUCCGCCCAGUUUCAGGAGAGCCGGUACGUGUUGUUGCCUCAAGAAAGAAGCUUCCUCUCUACUUCCCAGCUAACCAGCUCGAACCACAUCCCAACCACCAACCCCAGGCCUUCACAGGUGUUCCCCCACCCACAGGUCUCACAGGGCUCACAGGGCUCGCAGGGCUUAGAUAGGGACCGAUCAAGGGGUGCAGCAGGGGAUGAGAGGAUACUUUCGGCCGCUGGAUUGACUGUUCCUGCUGCUGCGCCUUCUUCGUUCGGUGCAGUUGGGUCUGUUCUUACGGCUGGAGAAACGGGUGGUAACCCGAGUGCUGCUGGUAACCAAGCUAUGGUUACAGAGGCGCCAAGCUCCGUGCUUCCCUUCCUGGGCUUCUCUAGGAGCUCCCUCCACGCCCCUAGGUUCCUGCGGCCCCCUAAACUCCUCUCCUUGUCCCUGAUGCCUGGUGGUGGUGCUGCUGCUGGGAAGGCGGGGAUGGGCAAGGAGGAGGGAAGGGGUAAGGACGGAAGAGGCAAGGAAGAGGAGGGGAAGGAGGAGGAAAGGGGGAAGGAGGAAGGGGUGAAGCAGAAGCAGAAGGGGAAGGGGAAGAGGGUGGGGUUUGGUGCGGUGGAGUGUGUUGCAGGGCCUCCUGCCGCUGCUUUAUCGGGUAUGUGGAGGGCGGAGGAAAGGUGGGAGGAGGAAAGCAGGGAGGUGGAGAGGGGGGAGGAGGAGUGUGGGAGAGGCAAGGAGAACAGGGGAGUGAAGAGAGCUAGUGUGAGUGGAGUGGAGUGUGUAGCAGGGCCGCCUGCAUCUGCUCUUGUGGGCAUAUGGAGGGAAGAAGAGAGUCAUGAGGAGGAGGAGAGUGGAUAUGUUAAGAGAAAGGAAAGGGAAGGGAAUGGGGCUAAAAUCGUGGGUUUGGGUGCUGCGGAGCGUGUAGCAGGGCCAUUGGGUUCUGCUUUAUCGGGAGUGGAAGGUGCAGGUUUGGAGGAGAGGUUUGAUGCGGGCAGGUUGAAAAAACAGAUGGCUUGUGAGCUGGAAGCAGCACUGGCGAAGCAGGAGAUUAUAAUGAAGCGGCAGGAGAUGCUUAUAAAGGAGGGGAAGAAAAGGGAGGAGAGAGCGAGAAAGGAGAAGCAGAGGAGGGAGGAGAGGAUGAAGAGGAGGGAGGAGAGGGCAGGUGGGAAGGCCGGGGAGAGAGUGUGGAGGGAAGUGGGGACGGAGGGGGAGAGGGAAGUGGAAAGGGAGGAGGAGGGAGAGGGGGAGGGGGAGAGGGAGGGAGAGAGGGAGGGGGAGAGGGAGGGGGAGAGGGAAGUGGUGAGGGAGGGGGAGGGGAAAGGGGAAGGGGGGUAUGGAGCUGCAUCGGAGGAGAGAGGGGCAGAUGGUGUGGAGGCAAGUGCAAGAUUUGAUCAUGUGAAGGCUGUAGCAGCGGAUGUGGUAGGGCGUGUAGGUGCGCAUGUAGCAGCAGGUAUAGGACAGGAUGUAGCAGGGUCUGUAGCAGCAGGUAUAGGACAGGAUGUAGCAGGGUCUGUAGCAGCAGGUAUAGGACAGGAUGUAGCAGGGCCUGUAGCAGCAGGUAUAGGACAGGAUGUAGCAGGGUCUGUAGCAGCAGUUAUAGGACCGGAUGUAGCAGGGCCUGUUUCGUUUGCAGUGGAUGUAGCAGCAGCGGCUGCUGCUGAUGUAUCUGGUGCUGAUGUGGCUGUUGUCGAUGGCGAUGUGGCUGUUGCUGACGUGGCAAUUGGAGAUGUGACUGAAGCUGACGUUGCUAAAGGCAAGGGCGCUGGGAAGAAAGGCACGAAAGCUGCAGCAGUGACUAAAAGAAAGGGCGUUCUUAAAAAGGGGGGAAAGGGGAAUAAGGAGGGCGACAGGGGCAGUGCAGCAGUGAAAGCGGGUGCGAAAGCAGGCAAGGGAGAGAAAGAGGGACAAGGUGCCAGCAGCGUUCAGACUGCCGUGAGCGCUACAGCCGCCACUGCUACAGCCGCCACUGCUACAGCCACCACUGCUACAGCUGCUGGCAGUGAGCAGUUUACUGUGCACGCCCCUCCUCCCAGCAUUGCCCGCAUUCAAUCGUUGAGCGACAGCUGGCGUGCAAGCCACGAGGAGAUGUUUUUCCAGCUGCUGUGCUCGCGGGGGGCAGCACUGCUGGGAGGGAUGGGGGGAGGUGCAGGGCUGGGGGGUGGGGCAGGGAUAGGGGAAGGGGCAGGGCUGGGGGGAGGUGCAGGGAGAGGGGGAGGAGGAGAUGGGGAAGCAGGGAGAGGGGAAAGAGCAGUCGGCGGGCUGCUGCCGUUGGGGGGAAGAGGGGCAGGGAAGAGGGGAGGGGUAGACAUGGGGGGAGGGCCAAGGAUGGGGGGACCGAGAGGGAUGGGGGGAGGAGAUGGGGGGCUGCUGCCGCUGUUGGCAAGGGCUGGGAAAGGAGGAAAGGGAAGAGGGGAGGAGGAUGGAGUGGGGAGAGGAGUGGAAAAGGCGGACGGGAGUAAGGGGAAGGGUUGUGGGGAGGAUGGUGGAAGCAGGCGGGAGAGGAGUGAGAGGGAAGAGGAUGAGAGAGGGUGCGCUGACCGCCCAAGCAUAGAAAAAGCUAAGGGAGGUGCAGGGGGAAGGGCAGAGGCAGGGGCAGAGGCAGGGGAAGAGGCUGGGGCAGAGGCAGGGGCAGAGGCAGGGGCAGAGGAAGGGGCAGAGGAAGGGGCAGAGGAAGGUGCAGAGGAAGGGACAAAGGAAGGGGCAGCGGCAGGGGCAGAGGAAGGGGCAGAGGCAGGGGCAAAGGAGGGGGCAGAGGCAGGGGCAGGGGAAGAGGCAGGGGAAGCUGGUGCUCCGCUAGAGGCUGAUGCAUUACAAGGCCAUGAAGUGAGACAGCUAGAGGCAUAUGCGCUACAAGGCGGUAGAGAGACAAGAGCUUUAUCCCCUCUCACGGCAGAUGCAUUACAAGGUAGUGUGAGGGAGAACGGCAUCAAGAGCCCGCGCAAGCCUAAGAAGCAAAAGGAGGUGAAAGAGAAGGUGAAGGAGAAGAAGAAAGAGAAGGAGAAGGAGAGGGAGAAAGAGAAAGAGAAGGUGAGUGGGGUGAAGGCAGGUGGGAAGAAGGGGAGGGCGAGCACAGGAAAGGUGGAUGCUGGAGGGAAAAGUGUCACUACUGCUGCAGCUGGUUCCACAGCCAUUGCGACAACCACUGUUGCAACUGCCGCUGCCAGUGCAACAGCCUCUAUUCCAGAGCAUGGAAAAGCACGGGGAAUGGGCAGCGGCACAGCAGAAGAACCAGCAGAAGGUGUUCUACUGAUAAACGGCAGCAAAAAAGCAGACGAAUUAGAAAAUGGGGUGGAGGGCGGAGCAAGGGGAGGAUCAGCAGCAGUUUUGAAAAUCCUAGAAAACGGUUCAGAUAUUGAAGGCAGCUUUCUUGCAGGAGAUAUGGAGAGUGGUCUGGGGAAGGAAACAACAACAGAGGCUGGGGAAGGAUCAGAAGCAGGGGAGAGCAAGGGGGAGGAGGCUGUAGGAGGAGGAUUAGCAGCAGGGGAUGGCGGAACUACAAAGCUGGGAGCGUCAGCUGCAGCAGAUGCAGGUCCGGAAGAUGGAUCUAGAAAGCUGAGCACGAGCAGUAGUGAAGUGAGAGCGCUGGCAAUGCUGGUGACUGAACUGGCCUGUGGGCCGGGGCAAGGGCGCGAAGACGUGACUGUUGAGGCGCCUCAUAAGGCUACUGUUGUGGCAGACUUGGCUUGUGUGCAGGUGCAAGGGCGAGAGGAGGUGAGAGAGGUGCAGCAGCGAGGGGAGGUGAAAGAGGAGGAUACUCCUGCUGCUGCUGCUGCUGCUGCUGCUGCUGGUAAAAGAGCACAUGCGCUGGGGGAAGAGGAGUUCAAGGAGGCACGGCAAGAGGAGGCGUUUGGAGUAGACCUGGGGCAUCAGGCAGAGCCGGUUGCUGCUGCUGCUGCUGCUGCUGCUGGAGAAUUUGCAAACCCUGCAUCUGUUGCAUGCUCUGCUGCAAAUUCUGCUGCUGCAGCUCCAAAGGGUGCAAGCACCCCGGCACAGGGACGGCAGAGGGCAGUGUCCUUCCACCCGGAUGUGCUUGUAAAGACCUUUGCAGUGGAGGCGGGGCAGUUACGGCGCAAGGUGGUGAGGAAGAGGCGGCACCGGCAGCAGCUGAUCGACGUGCCUGUUGCUGUGGUGGCUGCUGCUGUUGCUGCUGCUGAAGCUGCCGCCGCAGCUGCUGCUGCUGCUGCUGCCGCCAUGCAGGAAGCCUCAGCAGCAGCAGCAGCAGCAGCACCAGUACCAGCACCAGCAGCAGGAGCAGCAGCAGCAGCAGCAGCAGAAAAUGCUCCUCUUCAGGUGCCGUUUCUGCCGCCGCCCCAGGUGGCUCCUCAGGUGCCGUCUCAGGUGCCUGGUGACGUUCCUUGGCCGGGCCUCCAGGCACCUGAUCAGGUACCUUUUGAGCUGCUUAACAGAACGCCUGUGGAGAUGGGACCAAUCUGCCAGGGUGCAGCAAGUAACAUGGAGUGCUGUAACCAGUAUGCUUUGCCUGAGUCUCGGUGUGUGUCAGCAGCAGCGUCAGGAGAAGCAGAGGGGGGUGCUUUGUCAGCAAAUGAGGUCUUUGGGCUGCGGCAAACAGUGGUUGAUGGGGAAAUUGAAGGUGAUGGUGAUGGGGCAAGAGGAGAGGAGGGUGGUUCUGGUGAAAUGGAGGGUUGCGGUUUGGAUGGGACAUAUGUGAUGGCGAAUGGGCUUGAAUGCCAAGAGCAGCAGCGAGGGGAAGGGGUAGCGAAGAAAAAAACCAAGGGAAAACAAAACACAGGAAAAGAGAAAGGUAGUAUCAAGAAGAAACAAGCACCUGGCAAGGUGAAGUAA